AUGGCCGAAGUCAACGGCGACGCUCCUCAGACAAAUGGCCAUGCCUCUCCACCAUCACAAUCCACUGCGACAGUUGCAGCAUCCUCCCAGCCGGCUACCGCACCUGCAACCGCUCCAAUCCACUCCGUGCCGAAUAUCUCUAUACACGAUUCCGGCCUAGGAAAACGUCCUCGAGACGCCCGGCUCAUCCACAUGCUUCUUUCUUCCCUCCAGGUAUCAGCAUACCAGGAACGUGUUCCUGUACAGCUUCUCGAUUUCGCCUACCGACAUUCGUCCUCGAUCCUCUGUGAUGCUCUUCAUCUUUCAUCGGAUGCGUAUAUCUCGCAGACAACGCGAGCGAGAGACGCUCCGCCUGGAGGAGGGAUGCGAGAUGCCGACGGACAAGUCAGUUCUGUAGCGGUUCAAUUCGCCAUUCAGUCCAGAAUGCAGUAUCAAUACGGUGGAGGUAGUGGAGGAGGCGGACUAAGCAAAGACUUCCUCUUAGAGACGGCACAGAAGAGAAAUGCUGUUCAGCUGCCUAGGGUUCUUACACACGAGUGGGGCGUCCGCUUACCGGGAGAGAGGUUUGUGCAGACUGGUGUUCCAUGGGGUAUUAAAGGCGAGUGGGUAGCUACCGAUGACGACGAUUCUGGAGAUACCGAAAUGGGAGGAGUUGAUGUGCCAGAGGAGCAAGGUGUAGAGGGGGGCGAGGAAGGCGAGGGAACCAUGGAGGACCUCUUUGGGGGCGACGCAGAUAUGGACAAAGACGAAUGA